UAUGCAGAUCUUCGUCAAGACGCUGACCGGCAAGACCAUCACGCUCGAGGUCGAGCCCUCUGACUCGAUCGACAACGUCAAGGCCAAGAUCCAGGACAAGGAGGGCAUCCCGCCCGACCAGCAGCGCCUGAUCUUUGCGGGCAAGCAGCUCGAGGACGGCCGCACCCUCUCGGACUACAACAUCCAGAAGGAGUCCACCCUCCACUUGGUGCUUCGCCUGCGCGGCGGCAUGCAGAUCUUCGUCAAGACGCUGACCGGCAAGACCAUCACGCUCGAGGUCGAGCCCUCCGACUCGAUCGACAACGUCAAGGCCAAGAUCCAGGACAAGGAGGGCAUCCCGCCCGACCAGCAGCGCCUGAUCUUUGCGGGCAAGCAGCUCGAGGACGGCCGCACCCUCUCGGACUACAACAUCCAGAAGGAGUCCACCCUCCACUUGGUGCUUCGCCUGCGCGGCGGCAUGCAGAUCUUCGUCAAGACGCUGACCGGCAAGACCAUCACGCUCGAGGUCGAGCCCUCCGACUCGAUCGACAACGUCAAGGCCAAGAUCCAGGACAAGGAGGGCAUCCCGCCCGACCAGCAGCGCCUGAUCUUUGCGGGCAAGCAGCUCGAGGACGGCCGCACCCUGUCGGACUACAACAUCCAGAAGGAGUCCACCCUCCACUUGGUGCUUCGCCUGCGCGGCGGCAUGCAGAUCUUCGUCAAGACGCUGACCGGCAAGACCAUCACGCUCGAGGUCGAGCCCUCCGACUCGAUCGACAACGUCAAGGCCAAGAUCCAGGACAAGGAGGGCAUCCCGCCCGACCAGCAGCGCCUGAUCUUUGCGGGCAAGCAGCUCGAGGACGGCCGCACCCUGUCGGACUACAACAUCCAGAAGGAGUCCACCCUCCACUUGGUGCUUCGCCUGCGCGGCGGCAUGUGACCUGACCACACUUCGUCCCGCGCGUGCACGCGCCAUGGCACAUGGGCUCGCGCCCCGUC